AUGGCUAGUAGACAGAAGGAAAAAACAAAUAACGAAAUAACGAAAAUAACCGAAAAAGCGAAAAUAAUAAAUGAGCACAUUACCCAUUCGGUGAAGGGCAUUCAUAACGAUAAGACCAAAUCGGUAGACUCUUCCCCCAAUAAAACGAAUCAAAAUUCAGAAAAAGACAUGCCAUUUGGCUUAACAAAUUGGGAAAUAUCUUCCGAGCGUACUGUUUCGAGCGAUAUACGUGAAGGUAAAGGAGAUUUUUUCAGCAAUAACAUAAAAUGCAAUAAUGCCAAGACGAAAUUUAAACGUUACGCAUUAAAUGGGAACGCCCCAGAUGCGCAACAUAGUGAACACUCAAACAGAUUAGAGGAAAAAAAACACUUACACACAAUAAUAAAGGAAAAAAUCCGCAAGUAUAGCAUUCAUCACAACGGCGGAAGUGGAAACUAUUGUAACUCGCCAGAAAAAUUCAAGACCGAAUGCUCCCAGGAAGAUAAGGGAGUUGACAAAUCACACACAGAAGAAAAUUCAAAUAAUUCUUUUUACACAAAUCAGCACCCCGUUGCGUAUUUCCUGCAGCAGGAAUAUUGUGGCCACGAUAUAACUAUACGCGAAGGGACUCGUCGAAAUGUUAAGGAGGAUGCAACGCUGGGCCGUUCAAAGUGUUUUAAAGAUAUGCACAAGAGAAAAUUCAACAGCAUGACGCGCUUAGAGUCCGCUUCGAAAAUUGGGGAUGACUCUAUCGAGGACUUGCCACGGGAUGGUAACUCCCGUGGUGGGGGGAACAAGACCGACACCCCUUCCCAUGAUGUUAAACAAAGUGGGGACAGUACCAAGAGGGAGGAUUGCGAGGACCACUCGUCAGGAAAACCUAGACAGGGGAAUGGCGAACCGAAUUGCGCUCCUCAUCGCGAUGAGCACGAUCAGCGCCAGAAGAGUGAGCAAAGUGAGCCUGGUGAGCCUCCAGGGAAGAACAGCCCGCACGCUGAAAGUAUAAUCAGGUGUAACAACGAGGAACUGAAAAGGACUCUUUAUAAAGGAGGAUCAGCAAACCGUAUUGCGCGGAUGGAGAGGUCCUCGCAGAAAUAUCAAGAAAAGGGAUGCUCCAGGUAUCGCAGAAAUUGCUAUACUGUUAGGCAGAGCAGCAUUAAAAGUAUUGUGAAUGGUAAGGGUAGACGCCGUGAUAUGAGGGAGGCAAAUAGCGGAGCGCACAGUGAAGCGCGCAGUGAAGCGAAUGAAGGGGAUUCGAGGGUCGAUGAACGGAAAAGCGCGUCGGAGGGGGAAGUAGACAAGUUCAGUGGCGCGGGGAGAGGCUCCUCAGGGGAGGCCCCCUCUCAUACAGGUGAUGAUGGGCACGACCAAGACGACCACGGAAGAGAAAAACACAACGAGGAAGAAGGUAAAAAUGAGGAGAAUGACGUGCGGGACAAGGGAGAUGGUGAGGCACACGAUAGGGGAGAUAUUACGGCGAAGAGCCUGGACGAAGGCGGAUGGAUAGAAGUCGAGCAGCCGCUCACCUUCUGGGAUGCCCUGAAGAACAAUUUUAAGAACGUGUUUUUGGUGAAGUCCGAGGGGGAAGCGGCAAAUGAAGGAGAGGACGUGUCAAAUGGAGGGGAAGAUGCGGAAAAUGGGGGGAAGGAACCCGUUUUGGAGAGCGCACCAGGCGUGGAUAACGAAGCUGAUGCUGCUAACUCAGACGAUUCAGUCAACCGACAUAAGGAAUUUUCCGCAUCCUCCGCGUGCGCCACGUUUCCCGAGGGAGAGUCCUCGCCCCUUACGCCCAGGCAGCACUUCCCGCUCUCCCCAGACGUGUACGUGAAGUGCCUAAACUUCCUGAGCGCGGAAAAAAUACUAGAGUGUGAGUUGGUAAACCGGCUCAGCAGCUAUGUCAUAAAUAACCGAAUCAAUGUGUUUACCCAUGUGAAAAAGCUAACUCUGGAUGAGAGGUGGUCCCACAUCCCAAUAUACAAGAGACAGUUCUAUCUGCAUCAGAUGAAAAACGUGAAGCAUAUUUAUACCUCGGAGAAAAUUUACUCAGGAAAUGGAAUGUACAUUCACGAAGUAGCAGCAAUCAUAUUUCAAAAUGUGCCCAAUUUAAAGACUUUAGAGUUACUAUCGCCGGAGUAUUGUAUGAAUGAUAAUACUCCAAGACAUGAGCCCUUCGCUUUAGCCCCAUCAGUUUUUUCUAAGUUGGAGAAGUUAACAAUAAUUGGAUGUCAAACGUUGGAAUGGCUACACAUUUUGCGUAAUUGUUCCUUCCCAUUGCUAAAGAAAUUGGAAGUAUGCUAUUAUCCCAUCCAUCACGAUCAUUGGGUGUGGAAAUUCAUCUUCGAUUUUACCCUGUUGGGGUUACAAGGUUUGUUUAAAAUAUUAUACACAAUGGAGAAUCUGCAGAAAUUGAGCAUAGGGUUUGAUGUCCUCUUUGAUAACAUCGAAGGGUAUCUUUAUAACCCUUUGGAAAGUCAUAGGAAUGUUUUACAAGAAUUUAAUUUUGUUACAAACAAUCAGAGGUAUACAAAUGCGUUGUCUGCUCCCCCGGCGAAUGGGAACCCAUCAAGGAAGUUUAAGAGCUACCGGGGGAGGAUCUGUGAGGAAGAUUUUAGUGACAUCUUUACCAUUGCUUAUUACAUCUCGGGGAAAUGUGGCAAGCUGAAGCGAAUUAUGAUAAAGUACAGGGACUCGUAUGAUAGCUACGGGGAUGAGUUGGAUAAUGAGGAGACGCUGAAUGAGUUCAUUUCGGAGGCCACCAACACGGCGUCCACUUACUACAACUAUGUGUUGAACUGGUUUCGGUCCGCGGGGGGGACAGAGGCCGGUGCGGCGACGGAGCGGGGAACUUAG